CGAAAUUAGCCAAGACCGUAUAAUAUAACCCAUGAAAUUUAAUGAGCGAGGGAAAAAAUUUACCGAAGAUAAACGGAGAGCGUAGAGGAAUGUGAAAUCUCUUAGACGCGUAUAGACGUCGUUCGAAAUUCUCAAAUUCAAAUUCGUGAAAAUGAAAACGAGCAUGGACAAGAUACCCGAUCCUGGAGAUAGGUACACGUUCGGUGACCUGUUAGGAACCGGAGUUUUUGGAAAAGUGUACAAGGCGUUCGACAAUCAGGCAAAUCAGAAAGCGGUCGCGGUCAAAAUCCAGAAAUUCGAUCGGGAUAACAAGGAAUUCGUCCAAGAAGAAUACGAAAUCCUCAAGGAGUUUAGCCAUAUCGUUUAUUUGGUCGAUUUUUACGGAAUUUUCAAACGGGAUAACGAAAUAUGGUUCGUUUUGGAGCAAUGUGAAGGAAAUACGGUCAUUGACUUGGUGCAAGGACUGUUGCUCAAAAAUAGGCGAAUGUCUGAGGAGCAUAUUGCCUAUAUUCUCAAAGAGCUGGUUAAGGCCAUAAUAUACUUGCACGAGCACAACGUCAUCCACAGAGACAUAAAAGCCAGCAACGUACUGCUGACCAAAGAGGGAGAGAUAAAGUUGUGCGAUUUCGGUCUAUCAAAGCGACUGAGCAGUCGCGAAGGCAAAGCAACCGAGUGCGUCGGGUCUCCAUGUUGGAUGGCGCCGGAAGUAGUCUCGGGAAACCCUAACUGCGAAAAUGGUUCCUACGAUAACAGAGUCGACGUCUGGUCUCUAGGUAUUACCGCUUUGGAAAUAGCCGAAGGCCAGGCGCCUUUCCAAAACAUGCAUCCGACCAGAGCCCUGUUCCAGAUCGUGAAAAAUCCUCCUCCGAGUUUGCAGAAAAUCAGCAACUGGUCGGAAAAUUUCCGCGACUUUAUCAACGAGUGUCUCGUAAAGUUUUACGAACAUCGUCCGUAUAUAAUGGAAGUGAUCGACCAUCCCUUUCUGGUACAAAUCCCAGAAAAUAAUUACCACCUCAGUUUAGAAGUGAAGACGCUUUUGGAGGAUAUCGAGGCCUCGGGUAUCCACAAACGCUGCCCAGAGGUGGCCGUCAAAGGUCGUUAUUUAAAACGGAGCAUCGACGGCAAAAUGGAAAAAAUGUUGGAGGAAGAUUUGACCGAUAUCGGUCAGAUCACGGAGGAAAAAAUUUUAGAUUUGCUGGAAACCAAGACCAAACAAGACGAAUUCUACAGUUUCAUCGGAGAUAUUCUCUUGUCAGUUAAUCCGAAUCAAAAGCUUAACAUAUAUGGUGGAGAAUUUCACGAAAAGUACGCCUGCAAAUCGAGAUCAGAUAACGCGCCCCAUAUUUACGCGAUUGCUGACGCGGCGAUCCAGAACGUUCUGCACCACCAAGUAACCCAGCAAAUCAUACUGACCGGUGAAUCUGGCUCCGGAAAGACUGCCAACUACUUGUACUUGAUGGACCAUUUGUUUCACCUCGCAUCGAACCAUCCGGUAAACUCUGACAGGAUCAAGAACGGUAUCAAACUGAUCCAUUCCCUCACGCAUGCCUCCACUCCGACUAAUGAUUAUUCCACCAGAUGUGUGUUGAAGACGAACGUUACCUUAGGACGCACUGGAAAACUCACUGCCGCAGACUUCAAGGUGAUGUGUCUCGAUAAAUGGAGGGUUUCUUCGGUGGAUAUGGACCAAAGCAAUUUCCACAUUUUCUACUACAUGUACGAUGGGAUGGUCAACAACGGCUCGAUCGAAAAGUACAAGCUCAACGCCGAUAGGAACUACAGAUACUUACGUAUACCGGACGGCAAUCCCAACUUGAAAAGACCCAGAGAUAACGUCGAACAGAACUUGAUCAAGUACAAGAAAAUCUACAGUUAUUUGGAAGAGUACGAGUUGAACGAAGAGCAGACGACCACGUUUUUGAGCGUAAUAGCGGCGAUUUUGAAUUUGGGAGAGGUGAGCUUCAAAGAUGAGGUGGAAGAAGGGUGCGCCAGCGUACAAAACCGAGAAUUUAUUGGAAACUUUGCCGCCCUUAUGGAGGUCGACGAGAAAAAGUUGACGUGGGCGUUGACCAAUUAUUGCCUCGUAAAGCACGGGAACGUGAUCAAAAAGAAGAGCACAGCGGACGAAGCGAGAGAUGCGAGGGACGUUUUGGCAAACAAUCUUUACUGCAGACUAGUUGAUUACGUGAUCGGCUUGAUUAACGACAAGCUGGCCAUAGGGAAACAAAUUUUCGGUGAAAAAUUUACCAUAAAACUGCUGGACUAUUUCGGUUUCGAGUGCUUCAAGAGGAACCAUUUGGCUCAGUUUUUCGUCAAUUGCUUCAACGAACAACUGCAAUAUCAUUACGUGCAGAGAAUCUUCGCGUGGGAACUACUAGACCUUCGGACGGAAGAACUCGAGUACCAACAAUUCGGUUACGCUGACAAUGGAAAGACUUUGAACCAACUGCUCAGCAAACCCGACGGUGUUUUGUGUAUCAUCGACGAAGCGUCGCGGAAAAAUCUCGAUGCUAGAUACGUCAUGGUUAACGUUCACAAGCAAGAAACCAAUCGAAUAAUGGUGACCGGAUCAUCAGAAUUUGCGAUCGCCCAUUACACUGGCAUCGUUCCCUAUUAUGUAGGCGAAAUGGCCGACAAAAACCGAGACUUUUUACCUCCGGAAUUGAUAGAAACGAUGAGGGAUUCCGAGAAUCCCAUCAUAAAAUUGCUAUUCACGAACAAACUGGAUAGAACCGGAAAUCUUAACGUCCACUCCGAACGUCGACGAAGAAGAAUGAUAUUUGGUGAAAGGACGAACGCUCCGGAUCAGUUUUCCCAGGUUAAGAGGAUGCGCACCUCCGCUGCCAUUUACAGGGCUGUAUGUUUGGAAGUAUUGAAGGAACUGUCGGUGGGCGGUAGUUCAGGGGGAACUCAUUUUGUCAGAUGCAUCAGGUCCGAUCUUAAAGGCAGACCUCGGUAUUUCAACAGGGAACUCGUCAAGCAACAGCUACGGGCCUUGGCAGUGACCGAAUCGACCAGAAUUAGACAAAACGGAUACCCUCAGAGGAUCAGCUUUUCGGAGUUUUUGCGUCGAUAUCAGUUUCUAGCCUUCGAUUUCGACGAAAACGUGGAAUUUUCCAAAGAAAAUUGCCGCCUUUUACUCAUAAGGUUAAAUAUGGAGGGCUGGGCGAUAGGAAAAUCAAAAGUGUUCCUUAAAUAUUACAACGAGGAAUACCUGUCUAGGCUAUACGAGACGCAAGUGAAAAAAAUCAUCAAAAUUCAAAGCAUCAUGAGGGGAUUUCUGGCCAAGUGUCGAAUAAAUAAAAAAAUCAAAGAUCAAGACGACCGAUGCGUUCAAGAAUGUAAAACUAGGAGGAGUAGCGUUCUAACGCCUGAUGAGGCCGCGGAAAUAAUACAGAAAGCUUACCGAAGGUCCGUCGCGAGAGAUUCCAAAAGCGCUUUCGAUCAUCUUACAGAAGAGGAAUGUAAAUUCAUCUCGCCGUACGCGAAAAAAUGGAAAUCACCUUCAAUGUUUCAAGUAUUGGUUCAAUACAGAUCUGCGAGGUUACACGAUUUUUUCAACUUUUCUCAGCAGGUUCACCUUUACAACCAGAACGCGUUCUAUCAGACCCAAAAAUUGCAAAAAUGCGUCGACCUAAAACACGUCGAUUGCAAAGCCCAAGUUAACAAUUGGUUGGGUGAAAUAAAACCGGCGGUGCUUAAAGUCCGUUUCCGACUAGACGAAAUUCCGUUUUACGAUACUUCUUGUCUAUGCGAUGCUUUGACCACGUCAGGAAAUUUACAAGAAAAAGGCGAACCUUGGGACAGCCCCUACCGUUGGAGGCAAAACGCAGCAAACAUAUCUAAAGAAUUUAUGCGAGGUCAAACCAUAGAAGACGUCGUAAACGUUCCUUACAAGAGAGACCCGGAGGAACCUUUGCCGACGAUGCCCAGCCCGUGCAAACAAGUCGAAGACGUUAAAGAAGCUAAACAAACCAAAGACAUUAAAGAGGAGGAAAACAAGGCUACCAAAGCUAUGGCAAAAUCGACCAAUGUCGAGUCAUUUACCUCCAUCCAGUUAAAAAAAACCACUCGACCGCCAAAGAACGAGAUCGAAAAUUUCACCAGCAACUCGGCUCCGGCAAACAAAGAUUUCGAAUACUUCAAGGCCAGCGCCCUAACCUCAAAACCGAAAAACGCGGACCCGAUAGCGGAGCUACGUAAUCGAGCAAAGUCGAACACCACGUCCGAUGACGAACCGCCCUUUAAUUUCCAAGGAAUGUUGAGGAAAACGAACUUCAACAGGGAUUCCGUAAAGAAAGAAUCUCCGAGGAGGGACUCCAUUAAAAACGCCUUCGAGGCUGUCAGGAAGUUUUCCCUGACGAAAAGUAAAGAAGAAACGCUGGUCAAUGGAGAAGUGGAUAAGGCGGUGAUCGUUUCCAGCAGAUCGGUGUCUAUGGAGCUGAUUCCUGGACUAAUGGUACAUGGUAUAGAAGUCGAUCUUUAAGCUUUUGUGGGCGUUAACGUUUUACAAAAUAUACUAAUUGUACUCCAUUGUAUUCGAAAAAUAAAUGUUUAAUA